AUGGUACUAGACAUCCCCCCAGAGGACCAACUCUCUCAGAACGAGUACAAGGCAGUCAAGUUCUACUCGCCGCUGAAAGUCAGACCCACAGACUCAACAACCGUCGACGCCCAAAGGAAACAGUACCCCUAUAAGGCAAUGAAACCAUGCAUCUCCUUCAAUACUGUCCCUGUGGUCAACGCUAACGCUAAACGGAUCGAUAGGCUCUAUAAGCAGGACUUCCCGGGGGUCCAGUUCCCAACAGACUACACGAUGGAGGAAUACUACGAUAAUGAAAGUGGAUACGCUGGUGAUAACAAUAAUCAGUACAACCUACAUAACCAAUACCUCUUGAACAAUCUGAAUUCAGUCUCGACCCAUAUGGCCGGAAGACAGCCGUCACCAACAAGGUUUCCUUCCUCGGGCUCUUCACCUGCUAUUGCCACUGGUGGUGGAGGAAAACGGCAACAGUCGCAUAAAUCGAUUCAAUUGACCGAAAUGUUUAAGAUUGCUAAAAAUGGGAAGAUCGUCAGAGAGGACUACCCAACAAAACCAACAAUCCAAAAUAAUUCACUCGUGUUGAAUAAUACGACUUUGAACUGGGAUAAAUUAUGGGCGUUGCGUCGGUUGCAACUGGAUAAUAGAACGCUACAUAAAGACGAUUUUUUCAAAUACCCUGAUAUUCUGUUCGCUGAGCACGGCCCAAAUAUCGUUACUUUGCAAGAUAUGGAUUCAGAUGGAUUCACUCCUCUGACUAAGAAUCAAAAGAGAAAGAUUAAAGUCAUUAAUGAAAGAAUCGGCUACCCAAACUUACCAAGAACUAUCUUAUGCAGAAUCGACGGGAGAAAACACACCUGGGUGGGACUCGAUUGGUUGUUCACAAACUGUAUCAAAAAUACAGAUCAUCUCAUCGUAGUCACAAACCUCCCUUCUCUAAUCACUAGACAGAAACCAAAAUUAAGAACCGCAAGAAGUGCGACACGUUAUGGUCAAACAAGAAGCCUGAGUAGAAGUAGAAGUCGCGGUAGAAGACGCAGUGCAAUGAGGGAUUCGGACGAUGGCGAUUCGGGAAUUAACAGUUACUAUGGAAUGGACGAUACCGAUGAUGAUAGUGGCUCGGAUGAUGAUGAUAAUGACGUUGAGGACGGUUCGACAAGCGCAUGGUACCCUGGUUACGAUAUCAACCAAAUCAGAGCCACAAUGAAGGACAUCCAAACUUAUAUUGAAUCCUUACUGUUGUUGAAUAAUCCAAGUCGUGCUAUUAAGCUAACAAUUGAAAUAACUGUUGGAAAGACGAUGAAUUGUCUUUGUAACUCCACUAACAUUUACACGCCAGAUUUAAUUGUCACAUCCAAUCUAAAUGUUGAAACAGUGGUGAAAUGGAGAUCAAAUUAUAUUUCUGAUAAACUAUGCAGUUCUUUCCCAAUUCCUGUUAUUGUCGUGCCUGCCUUAUACAUGAACAAUUUUGAAAAAACGUUGGAAAUAAAAUCUCAACAAUUGAUGGCUAUCCCUGGUCAGGACCCACCUAGUACAACCCCAACAGCUUUACCAAAGAAACAGUCUGGCCAAGAAUUACUGGAAAAUCUAGAUCAAAUGACAUACAACUCAUUAAAGGAAAGUAUCAAAUUAAAUAAAAUUACUUCACACUCUAAGAAAAAGCAAAUGGUUGAUGUCGUGAAUACAUCCUUGUCAGUAUCUAAAAGGACGAAAAAGAAGUCUAGUAAAAAAUCAAAAUCAAAAUCAUCAUUGUCCCCAGUUUCAUCAAAUACAGAUAUUGGGUUGAGAAAAAUUAAAACUACAGAUCCUCAUCGUUUGAAACCCGUCAAAUCUGUAUCAUACAACGUAGCUGAACAUUCAGACUCACAUGGAAUCCCAAUCUACAAAUCUAAGAGCACAACAGAAAGAGUGCCAUUGAAGCAUUAUAAAUCUAAUUCAGAAAUACCCAGAAAACAAAUCAGUUCUAGUAGUAGCUCAACGGCUAGCAACAAAGGUUUCUUUUCAUCGUUGUUCAAAGGUAGUGCCACAACUACGGGGACAAAGGAAAAGAAGAAAGGGAUAUUCUGGUAA